CCAUUAUAUGUCGGCUGCAUGAAUAUCUUGCCGCAGUGAAGCCGACGCACUCGGUCAUACUGGCACAACCCAACACCUGCAGGUUUGGUGACACUGUUCUUCCUAAAUCGUGGAUCGUGAUAUGGCGGAGUAUGGAUGGGGGCUACCAGAAGAGCUGAUCCGAAAAGCCCGCCAUGAGCUCCGUGAAGUCCCUGAACAACGGCAAGAGAGUGUGUCGGCAGUGCAGGAACAGAUCAUAACCAGGCCUGAUAUCAAAUUUUUAAGAGAAGAUGAGGGGUUUAUCAUCAGGUUUCUCAGAGCCAGAAAAUUCAACACACUUGAAACCUUCAAACUAUAUGCGCGAUAUUUUGAGUAUCGGCAAAACAACCCCAACCUAUUCAAGAGAUUCCAGGCCUCUGAACCUGGUGUCAAAGAAGCCUUGUAUGAUGGCUUGCCUGGAGUCUUGCCCGAACCGGAUGUAUUCGGAAGAAGAAUCUUGGUGCUUUAUUCUGCGAACUGGGACAAUUCCCGUUAUGGGCUUGCUGCAAUAUAUCGAGCUAUUCUCUUGACAUUAGAGAAGCUGGUAGACAGAGAUGAAGUUCAGAUAAAUGGUUUUGUUGUGGUUGUGGACUGGAGUCAGUUUACUUUCAAACAGUCAACUUGGUUAAAUCCUAAAAUUUUGAAACUGAUGAUAGAAGGUUUACAAGAUUGUUUCCCGGCCAGAUUUGCUGCCAUACAUUUUGUGAACCAGCCAUGGUACAUCGAAGCAAUUUUCAAAAUGUUACGUCCGUUCCUUAAGGAGAAGAAUAGAAAUAAGAUCCAGAUGCAUGGUAUCAACCUGACAACCCUCCACCAGCACAUCAACAAAGACAUCUUGCCUGCGGAGUUGGGAGGGACCCAGCCCCCCUACAACAACCAGUCAUGGGCCAAAGAGCUCAUAGGUGACGAGAAUUUCAGCUUCGGAGAUCAACAUAUAUACUGGCCCAACAGCUCACAGCUCAAAAAUAGGUCCGAGACAUUUCCCUUGGAUCACUUCUCCAGCAAAGGCCAGUGCCUGCAAGAAAAAAGACAGGGAACAUACUUGGACGAAGAGUUCUUCCUCAUAGAUUGAAGCUGUGUGAUCAUUGUAGACCGGUUGCCAUGUUCUGAGUCCUUGUUUUUAUUGUUGGUUGGUAUUGUUUUGUUUGUCAAAAGAUUGACGUUAAAACUUUCUGUUUUCUUAAUUGUGCUGUUAGUGACUAUAUGACUAGAACUGAGCACUCUCUUCUCUACCAAGUGUCACAACAACACAAUAAUCACCUGAGAUGUAGAGACUUGAUUAGCACGUUUGUUAUUUAACUGAUGACAAAUCAAAAUUGUCUGUGAAGUCUAUCUGCCCAAAAUGUGAUAGCAGUUUUGUUUUGUUGAGAUUAUCAUCCAACAUCCACCUGUAAUCAUUCUGAUCAUUCUGAUCUUCUUGAUAUCACUCACAUACUGUCUAUCACAAAGUCAUGCUGGUAUAAAAUCUGCUUGAAUGUUUCUUGAUUCUGAAACAAAUAUCUGCUGAGAUGAAUUUGUCUGUGUGAAAAUAUUUUAAUCCCAUGGGCUUGAUACACACUGUACAAACAACAUUGUAAAACCAACAGCUACGUACAAUUUCUCAGUGAAAUAAUUUAGUCAGUGAUACGUUUAUUCAUAAUUUUAGUUUCUGUUUCAAUGUUUAAAUCCUAGAAAAGGAUGUAGGAAGUUUCUUCAAACAAGACAAGACUAUUUGGUGUGUUCUGAAGCAUCAGGAUGUGCAAGUUAGUUUUAAUGCUUCAUUGGUCACAGUAAUGACUUUAAAUAAUACUCAGUGGUGUUCUAGUCGACACUCAGGCCAGUCACACGAGAGUAUGAAUGUUGACACCUUUAAGGUUGUUCAUUUGUUGAUUGUGGCAAACCUUGACAGACCACUAUUUCAUCAGUUGCCAGUUUACAGGGCCCGAAUCUGGAGUUUAAUGUUGCAUUGAAGAAUAGUGCAUUUAUGAAGCAAUGUGUGUGUGUUUGUAUGAGAUACGAUAUUGCAGUUUAACAUGAGUACACCUCCCAGACACAGUAUACUGACUUUGAGCCGACCAUUCUUUGUUUAAGCCACUUUACAAACAGGGCCGGACUGGGUAACAAGUACCUCUUUUUAAAAUCUUUUUGUUGACAUGUCAAACCACGGGCCUUCAACCCUCUGGGUAGAUGCUCGUGAACCAUGGAGGUGGUUCUACUGGGUCCUGUUGGAAUUUAUACACGUAAAACUGUAUAAAGCAUUGAUGUGUUAGGCCAAUAAUUCUCCUUACAUUGCACCAAACUCCAUACUCCUGUGCGAUGCAAUUGUGAAACAAUUAUUACCCAAGCCAAUAGAUCAAUGCAUGCUCAAUUUUCAUUCUGAGCUCCCUGGGAAGUAUAUAGCCAUGCUGAAUUACAAGGCACAGGAAAUUACAACUCAUCGUUACGGGUAUCCAUUCGCUGCUGGAUGACCAGGUUUUUUUCUGUGAGAUGGCCUGUUGGACUCAACCUGACAGAUUUGGAGGGUUUUGCCUACCUACAACUGUGACAACAAUAUUAGAUUUUAUGAAGAGGUUCAACUGUUUAGCAUAUGAAUUUUUAUUUUAAUUUCGACACUGAAUAACACCCUGCCCAUGUCUGAAUGGGUGAAUAGUUGGUGUUGCUGAUGUUUGCAUGCCCUGUGUAACCUCCAAGUCUGUAUUCAUCCAUGUAGCCAUGUAAUCACGUGUUGUCAAAUAGUCUGAACAUCUCAUUCUCACUGUAACAAAGGAAUUACAUAUGUCAGGGUUGUGACUUUGGGACAUUAUGAUGUUAUGUUGUUUAAAAAUUGAAAGUUUAUUAUGUUUGUUACAGUGCAAUUAGUUAUGAGAGAGAUUUGCUUCACUGAUAUCUGAACAGUAUUAGAACUUUGUGAUUUCAGUGGCAUUGCCAGAUUGUGUGCAUGGUAACACCUGGCAGUGUCUGCCAUUAUAUUCAGUCAGAUUAUUCAAUGUUUAUUCCCAUUUUGUCUUUUCAUUAACUUGUAUGCUUUAAUGGUCCUGAAUUAUUUUUCAGUAUUAGUUAACACAUUUUUAUUAUUUUUACAGUAUUUCAUUUUUCGUCAUAAGGUACUGAUGUUACUGUGUAUGUGGAGUUUGCCUUGGAAACUUUACUGUUACAUCUAUGAAACUAUUCCCACUAACCUUCACAGACCUCCAGUAGUGCAUCAGUAAACACUAACUGUGGAAUUAUCAUUUUUCCGUUUAUUGUGUUUUAAGGUCUACUGACAUUUUGCUGAAAUAUUGCUGAAUAAGCAUUACACAAACUACAUGUUCAAAAAAGAACUACCAGAACAUUUUCCAUUGAGUGUUUGUCUUGAAUAAUGUGUAAACCCUGUUUGAACACUGUUUCCUUGUGCCAUGGACUGUGCCAACCCUUGAGAAGGAAGUGUGUCAUGAUAUUUACGUUGAAAAGCAUGUGUGUUGUCUUCUGUCAACAUUUGUUUGUAGAGGUAAGGGUUGUGAACAACUUCUGGGAUCUGAGCCAUGUUUUGGCAUCCACACUGUUUUGUAUAAUUAAUGAAUACAUAUUCUUUCACAGCUGGAAAUCCACUUGCUAUUGUACACUUAUUUCAAAACCUAGAUGUUGCCAUACUACAUACAGUGUAAUGCUAUUCACUGGUGAAAAUAUUCUGAUAAGUUUGUUUGACAUAGUCAUGGAUUUUCAUGCAAACCUAAAAAAAAUAUUUUCACAUUAGCACGUAUAUGCUUGUAUUUGUAUUAUUUUGUAAAUGUAAUAGGUUAGAAAUGUCUUCCUUCUAGUUGCUAAUUGAUGAAAUAUAGAUCUGGACUUUACCAGUUCCUUUAUUCCCCUGUAAUAUUGUGAGGAGGAGACUUAGACAGAGCGACUCUGCAGUACCUUAACAAUACAGGGAGGCAAUACUCACGGAAUGAGAUUUCAAUGGAAGUUCCUUAAGAUUAUACUGAAAAAAAUGUUUAACAUUAUGAAAAAAGUGAGACCUUUACAUCCACAUCUUUGUACUUUGGAGAUAGUGGAACACUUUGUGGUUGAUAACACUUAGUCAUGAACAGGUGCUUGUCAUCUGCAUCACUUACCAGUAAUAUGUCUUAUCUGAUAGCCAUCACAAGCAGGGAUUGGGAAGGCAGGGGCCAUGAGCCAAUUUGUACAUUAGAAUAAAAAAUGGCCCAUUAAAAUUUUGAAGUUUACUAUUGAUACAAGGGCAGUGGCCCAUUCUAAAUUCAGAAAAUGGCUAAUAAUUCUGAAAAUGGCCCAUUGUCAAAAUUCUCUAUCCCAAUCCCUGCACAAGGUUCAAGAUCAUGAACUUUAUGUUAUAAUCCAGUGUAUUAUAUCUCCAUUCUGUUGAUUAGUACCCUUGACAGUUCACAGAUUAGUGUUUCAUUGGGUUUGGUUGGUACAGUAUUAUAGAUAGCAGUUCAGUCAUUCUAUAUUGAUUCUACAUUCUUUGGCAAGUUGGGGAAGUGGGGUAGCCUGAUGGAUAAGACAUUUACCCGUCACACUGAGUUCCUCACAUCGUACAAUAUGUGAAGCAUUUUCGGUUUCCCCAGCUGUGAAAUGUUGCAAAAAGCAGUAUAGUACAAAACUCAAUCUCUCACCAUGGAAAGUGUGCUGAUAAGAGAUGGUGAGGUCACUUCCAGGGUCAUCAUGGAACUGAGAUAAAACACACUGGAUGAUGAUGUAAAGGCUGCGAGAGUGCUUCCUCCAAUUCAGAUUGGUUGCAGUAGAAAUUAAUAGGUUCCUUCUUUUGUAAGUACCAACAUUACCAGGAUUUCUACUUUAGGUCAUUUAUUGGUCUGCUUGUAUGUUGUUUACAUUAGUUAUUAUAUACUUGUUGUUUAUAUAUAUAUAAAGUCCCACCAUUUGUAUAUACCGUAUCAAAGUCACAAGCAGAGCUGUAGGCUGUGUAUAUACCUACUGUCAUCAUGGCUGUUGUUCUUGUUGUACAUCACAAUGCUAUUGUAGUUACUGCCGUUUUGCCUUUUUGUGGAUUAUCAUGUUAGUGCUUUUUGCUGGCAUGAAAAUUAUUUGUAAAUGUUUUAUUUGUUUUGAAUCUCUUUGCUUUUUUCGGUAAUAUAUUUCUCUUAUACAAAGUCAUGUUUAGUACAUGUAGAUUUGUUUCUGCUUAAUUCUCAAAGCUUUAUACACUGCUACAGGUUUAAGUAGCACAUGUAAUUAAUAAGAAUGGCAGAAUCAGUUACAUAUAUGUGUACCAGUGGUCCAAAGAACUUAUCCAGGAUGAAAAAGUAAGCCUUUUAUUUUUAUUAGUUGUUUACAAUGGGUUUUUGGCCUUGGACUGAUUAUUA